AAGACUUAGAGGUGUUGACGUUGAAAUGCUCAAGACGUGCUUAUUUGCUCGUCUCAAUCGGACUGAAGAUACUGAAAACACUAUGGGUACCUCAUCAAAAAGUAAUUUAGAAGAUCUCGAUAAAUCUACCAGUAAUUCAUAUGAAUAUAAUCUUGGUCCAGAUCACCUUUUCCCUUUAUAUGAAAGUGCUCCUGAUCUUCCUGUAAAUCAAAGUCAAAAUAAAACAUCUAUUGGACAUAAAGAUCAACUACAUCAUACUAAAUCUAAUGAUUUUGCUGUUGAAAAGACUACCUUAUAUAUUUCAAAUAAAACAUUCACUUGUUACAGAAAAUAUAUUAUUCCGAAUGAAACUGCACAUGUUAACAAUUCCAAUAUAGAGGUUAUCACAGCUAUCUUGAAUGAAGCUCCUACUAUUUCAAAUGAAACGUCUGUUAUUUUAGACAAAGUACCAUCUUCAUAUAUCAACACUUCUACAAGUUCUACUUAUAAUUCUAUCAAAAAAGCAAAAAAUGAAAAAGUGAUAGCACUACUUAUUGAAGAAUUAAAUAAUUUUGAACCUGAAACUGAAAAAGUUGAGAAACUUUUUCCUAAUUUUACCCCUGAUAAAGUCCGAAGAAAAAUAAGCACGUCUAGAAAAAUCUUCAAAAUAUUUAAAAUAAUUGGAAAUGAUAAAAUUUAUCAUGUUAAAAAAUUAACUGUUUCAGUAUUCGCAGGCUUAACUAAGGGUAAUGUCGAAA